GAGACUCACUCUGUGUGAGAGAUGUGGGAGGGGGAGUGGGGGAACGCACCGAGUCACAGGAGCGUGACUUGCUGACCUCCUGUGUGCUCUUCUGCAGCAGAGAUGGAGGAACUGGGUCAGUUUAGCACCAAAACACUCAGGCUUACAUAUGAAUAGCUGCCAGCUCUUCAUCACCGGUCAGGAGGAGGGCAGUGAGCCCCUGAGCACCAGGGAUGGGCCCAAAACCAACACCUGUUACCCAGCUGGUGAGUGCUUUCCACUGUGCCGUGCAUCCUAGAAGUGGAUAUUUCUUUUCUAUGAAUUAGUGCCAAAAAUAUGCCUGACAGUUGGUUAUAUUCAUUCCUCAGAUGUUUGAAGUUUUUUUUAAUUUUUGCUAAUUUUAAAUAUUCCUAAUGCUUUCAGUGUAAUCUUCAAUUAGGUGCUAGAGGAAUCUAAUUGGAUUGCUAGCAUGGAGUGAAUACAGUAUGAAUGAAAGAGAUGAAGCUGUAAUUUGCAUUUUUGGGAAAUUUACUGUCUAUUAGUGUCUUUGCUGAGGGUGAUUUAAAACUUCCCUGUUUAAGCUAACUUAAGCUUUGAGGGGGUGGAUUCCGUGUAGAGCCAUUGUAGCAGUAUUGCUGAAGGCUUGUGGUUUUAACAGCUCUAGGUUUUAAUACGCUGGGAAUACUUUAUACAGAAUAAAAAUACUGAUCAGUAAACUUAACUGGAGCUACACCCUGAAGACAAGUUCACUAUUAAGGAUAGAAGAAGCAUUUAGCACGCUGUCUUGGUGAGGUUCAGGUUCAUAGGUGUCGAAGAUCUUAACGUUUGGUUUGUUUUGGUCCUGCAUUGGAGCAGUAGUGCUUGGUUUCUUUGGCAGCAGAUUAACUUUGUACUCAGUUCCCUCCAUUUCAGCUAACUAGCGCUUAAAGAUGCUAGCAGUAAUUUGCUGGUGUUAAAGCUUCAUGCAUAUGUGUAAAAGGACAAACUGGUCUGAUAACAAAUUGCAUUAACAGGGCUGAAUCUUCACCUUAGUUGUUCACUAGUGAUGGGAAUUGCAUGCAGUGCCUUGCAUGUGUCUGCACAGAUCAGUUAACAUGGAGCUGCUGGCAAUCCCAAGUUCACUGCUCUAAAGUGAAGUUCUGUCCUAAAUGUCCCUUUAAUGACAAGCAGAAGGUGUGUUGAUUACAAUUUCUGUCACAUGCAAUCUUCUUUCAAUUUGAGUGUUCUCCUCUAACUUGUGUUUUCUUUCACUUGGGGAUGGAGGAGGAGAUGUGAAGAGGGGGGGAAACAAAGCAGCCUUAGGAGUAAUAAAUAACAAGCCUUAAGAGUAAGACAGAUCAGCACUGUAUCUCUCAUGUCUCUGUUACAGUGGUUUUGGGGAAAAGCGGGUGCUAUUUACUAUGACAUGCCCCUUUCCUCCCCCCACGAACAAAAUAGAUCUGGGAGCCUGCUCGGCUAUGGGAGAGAGGAGCAAGGAAUAUAGCGUGAGCAGGAGUUGAUUAAAAAUACACAAAUAUCACUAAUUCAGAAGGGGGGAAUGUCCACUGUGUGUAUCUGACAUUAGCAGGUGCUGCUCUUUUCUGCUCAGUCAGCCUCGCUGGGGUGGCACUGACAGCAGCGAAACAGAGAAGACAUUGACAGAGCUCACCUGAUGAAGGGGAGAAGGUGGAGAAACAGGGGCUGCGUAUGUUCCUUUCAUACAACACUUCAGAUCUUAACGCUUCCUCUUGCUGUGUGUUUGUUGUUGUUGUUUGGUUUUGUUUUUAGAAGCUGUUGAUAGUAAACGUGGCAGCUCCUGCAGGUCAGGGAAGCGGUGAGCAUCUGAGAAGUGAGUGCUGCAAUCUUACCUGCUUUUCCUGAAUAAUCACAAAAAUCUGCUCUUCUAGUGAGUGUAUGGUUUGUGAUCUCAGGGCAAGGAUGGUUUGGGGAGUGGCAUGGCUGAGUUUACAAGGGUUUUACUUUGUCCCAAGACUUUGGAGUUACCCAGUGUAUUUUAGUAUUGCAAAAUAAAAGCAGAUGCCCCCUGCUUGUCCCAUGAAUAACUUUCUAAGCGCUACCAGCCUGAAGCACAUUGAAUGGAGAAUUCUGAGGCAAACUGAUGUAUGUGGAAGCUUGGUGUCACGCAGAUUAACUUGCUCAGGAGUGGGUAAAUGCUGAGUUUGGGUUCUGUAUUUCAGCUCCUUAAGGUUCAUAUUCUGGCAUCAGUUAAUAGCUGCUGGCUUCAGUGGAUUUAAAAAGAACAGGGUGCCUGGAAGGGAAAAAAGCACAGAAAUGAGGAAGGGGAAGGCAGGGAGCAGCUAUCGGUGCCACCAGACUUCUGUGGCUCAAGUUCUUUAAGGAAUUGCAGCUCAUGGAGGAGGAAUAACGAGUUUCAUGGUUCCUCCUUCGGUUCAGUGAUCUCAUCUGAGCUCACGGUGAUUUUAACUACACGUUUUGUAUGUUAAUGCAUCCAUUAGACUGUAAGAUGCCGAAGCUGGCCCCGGCAGCUGUCACCGUGCGGGCAGGAGCAGUGCAGGGUGUCUGCAGGUGUUCGUGCCCUCUCGUGGCUAAAAUCCGAAUCUCGCUGCUGCUGGGGACUGUCACCAGAGCCACUUCGGAGGGAGUGACCCGCAGAGCAGACAGCUGCAAGUGCCGGCAAACUGCAAGCAGGUAUUUUAAUGGGCACGGGAGUAAACCCCAAGUUUUAAUUGGCUCUUGCAUACUGUUUUGCAGUGAUUUACAGUGCGAAGGCACGAGUCAGAAAUAUCCCCACAAUAAAUGCUCAUUUCAGACCUUGAGGACUGCUAGCAAAUCCCUAAUCUCUCUAAAGUUAUUUAGUUGGUACUAUUUAGUGCUAAGAUUUUAAGACUGAAUCCACUGCAAUGUUAAAUCAGAAAGCUCUUUAACUCUUUUCAGCUACGUUAAUAACUAUAAUCUUUCUGAGAGCAACUUCAUUGAACAGGAUUGAUCUUCCAAAAAACCUCCUUGAUUGACAUUAAAUGUACACCUGUCCUUUAAUUCCUCCCCAAUUAAUGGACAGCUGACGAAGGAAUGUCUUUUCCUGGAGCACGUGUCGGGUGACACAGCCUGGGGGGAGCCCCUUGGUGUUCAGACAGGAGAAUCCUUCAGGACCUGACUUCUCAGCCUUCCCCAGGUUGGAAGUGUUAGGAAACUUCACAGGAACGGGUCUGACUUAUCAGUCACCUCUCCUCAAGCUCCCGUUUGGUGCUUAUCUGAAGCUACUGGUUGAAAUAUUCAUGCAAGAUUCUAUUUAACGUGGCUCGUUGGCUGUCAAGGGAGCAUAAUGAGCAUUUCAAUUUGCUCUUGUCCAGUUGAACGGCGGAUUUAUUCAGCAAGUACUUUGAACUCUUUGCUUUGUUAGUAUUGGGUUUAUUCAUCACUGCUCCUUGCCAAAAAGUUGGUCUUGUUUCUGAAAUUUGUUGGCUGAAAGCAGCAGCAGCAACAAAAGAAUAUGCAAUUUAUAGUUAAAUUUUCCAUUCAAGGGUUUUCCUUUCAUCUCUAAAUUACCUUACAAUUUCCCACAUCUCGUAUUUUUCAAGGUAUAUUGAUUUUGUUGUCUGUAUCCUUUUUUUUUCCUUAAUAAUCUCUGCCUUUUUAACUACUGCUGUUAUUUUUGUGUUUUGUUGAAUGGCUUUAGAGUCAGGGUUGGCUUUUCUGACUGCAGAAUCCUAGUUGUGAUUGCAGCGUCUUGAUAUUUAAUAAAUCCUUAACUCGCAGCUUUUGUCAUGAUGUUUAUCUACAUUUCUUCUCAGUAAUUUCAUUCGUAGUCUUGACUUCAGGAAAAGGACCUUUUUGAAGUAGCAAUAUAUUGAAGUGAAUUUGGACAGAGUGAAACUACAAGUAAGCGGAAAGUUUAAAGCCUAUUAAUAUGUAACAUUUUCUCGCUCUUCACACUUUUCACAGAGCAGCUACAAACUUACCAGAGUAUGGUGGUGGGGAGGACCUGAAAAACGUUUUCCUGAGUCCCCUGAUUUUAUUUCUUGCAGUAGUGGAGAUUUCUCUGCUGGGUAAUUUGGUUUCUUUCUUAUCUAGUACUACUGAUAGUGCUGCUUCAAACCGUCAGACCACUCCUGCUCCACUGCUGAGAAGUUUGGAAAAGGUUGAGAGGGAACUGGGUAAAAUAAGAUUACACUCAGCAGCUGACAGCUUUUGAUAAGACAGCCCACACUCUCCUUCCCCCUUGUUUUGUUUGCCCCUGCAAAGGUUUCUGUCUUUCUGUGCUCUUAUACUUCAUAAUUUUAUAAAGCCAAAUAAGUGACUUAUUUUUGCAGAUUCAGGUGAGAGGAGAGCUUGGUCGUUUUUGUUGCUCUGAAAGUGGAAAAGGCACUCGAGUAUGGUGUGAAGAGGAGAAUGCAUUUGGACAAUGAGCAGCAACCGGCGUACUGUGGAGGCCAGAGCUACAAUGAGCUGUCCUGGCAAGGUACUGCUUGGUGGGCUGGGUCAUAGCAUGGACUCAAAACUGAGUAGUUCCCUGCAAUUUCAGCAAGGAAACAGUGAAGCAAAUGAAGUUUGUGGCUGGUUGGAGCUGAUACCCCUUUGGUCAAGCAGCCUCUGCACCUGUCUGAAUCUUCCCCCUUGCUGCCCCCUCUCUAUAUUUACCCAGUGGGAACUUUCCAAGAAUGGAAGUGGGAAGAUAAAUGCCUGUGGGGGCUAAAUUUAGCCCAGGCUCCCUGGCCCUUCUCCUGUGGUGUCAUUUCAGCUGCGAGCUUGACAGCCUGCGCCCUUCCACUUGUGCAGAGUGGAUGUUCAUCCCUGACAGAGCGAGAGCCUCUCUUUCUCUUCCCCCUCCCCUUUUUUUUUUUUCCUAUUUAAACCAAGGAAGAAUUCUCCAUGAGACCACAUCUGCUUUGCCUAUCUUGGGUGUGAGCAUCACCUGCCUCGCAGAGAUAUCAGGCUUUACUGCUUACAAUGAAAUGGUACUCAGGAGACAGACAAAAAAAAUGAGCUUAAUGGACAUCAAUAAGAUUUUCUCCAUGCUCCAGCCCAGAGAAGAAGAAGAUAAUGGAGAAAGUGAGGAGCUGAACCAAGCGGUGUCUGAGGACGAUUACCAAACUCUUGACAAGCUCUUGCACCAAGACAGGUACAAGAGAGUCAUCAACAGCAGGAGUGGCUGGGGCGUUCCCAGCACCCCACUGCGCCUGGCCGCCUCCAAAGGCCACCUCAGGAGCCUGCAGGUCCUCCUGGCUCAUGGGGCGGAGGUGGACAGCCUGGACGUGAAGGCCCAAACCCCACUCUUCACAGCAGUCAGCAAUGGCCACCUGGAGUGUGUGAAAGCGCUGCUGGAGGCUGGAGCUGGCCCCUCUGGCAGCAUCUACAACAAUUGCUCACCACUGCUGACUGCAGCUAGGGAUGGGAACACUGAGAUUCUGCAGCAGCUCCUGGAGUAUGGUGCCGAGACCAAUGUCCAAGCGAGGGUGCCCGAGUGGGCUGCCAACUCCACUGCUUGUUCUGGGCCGCUUUACCUCGCGGCCGUCUAUGGGCACCUGGAAUGCUUUAGGUUGCUGCUGCUCUAUGGUGCUGAUCCCAACUACAACUGCACCGAUGAGAGGAUGAUCGCACGCAUCAAGGAGCCCAAGACUCUGCUGGAGAUCUGCCUGAGGCACAGCUGCCGGCAGGAGUUCAUCAAGCUGCUUCUUGACUUUGGAGCCAAUGUGUAUUUGCCAAACAUCAAGAAGACAGCACCUGGUAGUGAGGGCCUGGAGCUGCUGUUGCAGGCAAGAGCUCAUCCCAGGUCCCUGAUGUCUCAGUCUAGGCUGGUGGUGAGGCGCAUCCUGAAGCAGGCUGGCCGUGCACAUGCCCUCAGCAAGCUGGACAUUCCGCCAGUGCUGGUGAGCUACCUCCAACAUCAGCCUUAGCACGGGCACACCGUGGAAGACACCCGCCCCAGAAAUGUGCCCAGUGCCUGAAUUAAAAGCUGCUCGGAUGCUGCCGUUGCACAGCACAAAACAGAUGUGAAUUUAUGGUUAAAAAGUUUUUUUGCUUGCAAGGAGUCUCUGAAACCUGUAUGGAAAGAUUCUAAGAGGAGGAGGGGAGAAAACUGGGAGUCUUCAGCUCCUGCUAUGCAACGGGCAUAUCAGAGUGAUGGUAGAGCUGGAUCUGAGCAAAGCUGCAGAUUGUUCCCUGCAGCGUAGCCUCAGCGGUGUGUAAGACCUGUUUCCCUGAGAGUUUUUAAGGUACUUCCUUGGUUGUGCAGCCUAGCGAGUGUGGCAGGAGGCUGUUUUAGCCACAUGCAAGGGCCCUAACACUACUUAGAUGUGGCUGUCACUUCCUCUGCACCCCUGUGCCAUGCCCUGAUGCCAGGCAAACACAAAUGCAGCUCUGCAGUGAAUACGCCUGUAGGUGACUCAGGCAGGGGCUGCAGUUCGUGUUCCCAGGCAAAAAUCCCUAAAGUCCCACAUCCCACCUCCCUGCUCCAGAAGUAUCAUUAAAUAUCAUUUUACUCUUA